AUGGCCGAGCCGCGCUCCAAGCGGCCGCGGGUGACGCUGCCCGCCUGCCCCGCGCACCGCCCGCUGCCCGGCAGCCGCGUCCGCCACGGCUUCCCGCCCGCCGUGGAGGAGGCGCUCUGCGGCCUCACCGGCGCCCAGCUGGAGCUGCACUACUGCCUGCAGGCGCUGGGUGAAUAUUUUGAUCAGUCACAUGUGGCUCUACCAAAUAUUUCGAAGUUCUUCCUGCAUCAAGCUCUGGAAGAGAGAGAAGCUGCAGAGGCACUGAUGAAGUAUCAGCAGGAAAGAGGAGGCCAUUACUGCUCUAAAACCAUACAGAAACCAAACUGUGAUUAUGCAGUCGGUCUGAUGAAAGCCCUGGAACUAGCAAUGGUACAAUGGAAAACUAUGCUACGAUAUUUUGAAGAGCUUUAUGCCCUGAGUGUUGAAAAUGCAGACCCUCAUAGUGCAAGCACUAUCAAGAAACAAUUUAUUGGGCCCAAAAUCCAGAAGAUCAAGCUGAUGGGAGAUCUGCUGACCAAUGCUCGCAGGCUUGACUGUUCCCAGGAUGGCAGAAAUAGUCUUGGGGACUAUUUUAUGGACCGGCUGCAGAAAGAGUUCAGGACCAGCAUAGAGCCAGAGUCCAGUGAUCACUGCAGCCCCUGCCCACCUCUCCAGCAGUGCACAGGAGCUGCAGAAGGUCUGAAGCGACCCCAGAGAGAAUGCUCCCAGCACAGAAAUGGCAUAGGGCCAAUAUAUGCAACCAUACACUGCACCACCAUGCUGCCACAGUGUAACGAUGGCACAGCAGCAAAGGUGAAGCAGGGCAGGGAGGGCCUUUAAUGCCCAGGCUGCUGCAGCUGCAGGGCAGCUCCUCAGACAAACCUGUGCUGAGGGUGGAGAUGGGACCAAAACUCUGGAGACACAAUGCUCUGUCCCUCCUCCUGCUUUCCACCCCAUCCCCUCAUCCUGUGCAGAGUCACAGCUCAAAAUCUAGCCCGUACCACUAUUUGCUUUAAAUGAUAGCAAGGUCGCCAGCUAGAUUGUCACAUUUAUCUAUGCAAUUCUUCCUAGAAGCCAAAAGUUCUUAAGAUUUUUCUUUCCCUAAAUGAUUAAUAGGAUCAGUUAGUGCAAAAUAUUUUAAGAAGAUAUAUAUAAAUUUUAUUAAAACAAGUAAAAGAGAAAUCACUGCACCUUUAGUGCAAGGAAACUUUUACAUGGCAGAAAAUCCAAAUAUUUAGUUUUAUAUUACUGAAUAUAUAAAUAGUUAGUUUUAUAUUACUGAAUAUUUUACUAUUCAGUAUUUUAAAUUACUAACAGGUAUGGUAAAAUAAUGAACUUUUUAAAAAGACUCAUUCAAAAACAAUGUGGGUUUUGUCUUAUUUCUAUCAUAGUAGCCAUUUAAAUAAGUAGACUAAUGCAUUUACUGAUCAGCUGUUUCUAGUGGUAUACUUCAGGAUGAAGGAUGCAAACAUUUCCUCAACAGUGGGAAUAAGAAAAUGUGCUGAUUUCUUUGCAGUUAUUGCCUAGUUGGCUUUUCUCAUCCUCAGAAAGCAGAUGAGAGAGAAAGUAGGAGUUCUCAUUAGAUGGGAACUUUAGAGGUUCUAAGGCAUAUUUUGCAAGUGUCACCAAAGAGAGUAGCUCCUUGUCCAGACUUAACAUAGGAUGAUUGCUUUAAUUAUAAUACAGAGCCCUAUCUUAGCUAGCUACUAAAGGCAUUACUGUGGCACUCCUGCUACUUCUUAUAUUCCCUAUUUGGUCCCAAGUAGGGGCAUGAGAUCCUAGUGAAAAAACAGCACACUUAACUAGAAUUGCAUCAGAGAGAAUGGCCACUCAUUAGUUUUGCCUUUCAAUUAGGGCAGUGUUAGCCAGCUUGGUUCAAGUGCAGAGGUGUCCAAAUUCCUCUCAUUAGUCCCCUACCAGAGUGCCUCAUUCUGUCCCCUGGCUCCCAAGGUCACCCAGGAAGAGCAAUUGGCUAGAUCAGCUGCCUGCAGUUAGGGAUUUUUUAUCAUUGUAUACAUCUUUUAUGCAGUUGGGAUUUGAGUCAUUGGAAGAUUGCCUCACACUUUUGUAUAAUGCUUUGGCUGAGAUUCCUGUUUUGCUUGAAAAUAAAUGCAGUUCCAUGUCUGUAUCUCCAGUGUUCCUCAAUUCACCACCCAGGCAUGCUGGUAUUCUUCUCCAAGAGAUUUUGCAUAUGUAUACAAAACUGUGCCAGUAUUUUUCUGCCUCUGAGGAAGUUGUGCAUGAUGGGAGCACAGAAUGAAAAUAAAUGCCAGAAAACUGCAUUAUUCUAAAGCACUUCAUAAUGAAACAUUUUUAGUAAACUCUGAUACAGCUACAGUUAAGUAGCAAUUUCUGCAAAGCUCACCUUCUGUUGGUGUUGUAACAUGGGACAGAAAAUUUCAAUGCAAAUGUUUUCCCAGUCUUUUCUGUGACUGUGGUUCAACUUUGGGGUGGGGAUGGGGAACACAAGCACUUUUAAAACAACCUCUGUAUUCAUUUAUAAAAAUACUGCCAUGUGCCACAGCAAUAGCUCAAAGCACUUUUAGAAUCAUGCUAGAUUUGCCUGUGUUGAGAUUGCUGCUCUCUAAUACAGCAGGAGUCUAAAAUAUAUUUCCAUCUGGGCUAGAUUCCAUCACCCAUCCUCAUGCUGAGCAUACCUUAUUCAACAAUUAGUUCCAGUGACUGCAACUCAACAUGAAUAAGAGCAAUGGAAUCCUUCCCCCUCAGUAUUAAAAUACAGCCCACUAAAGUGUGACCAGAGCAAAGCUACUAACUGAAUUCUAAACUAGUGCUGUAUAAAACUACUCCAUGUACUACUAGUAAUGUUUGACCUACUUGUACAACAACCUUCACCUUUUAAAAGGUGAUGACCUGAAACAUAGUUACAGCUUCCUCGAUGGUUUAGAGCAUUUAACAAAGUCCAACAUAACAAAGCACCCAACUUUUACAUUUUUCAGAGCCAGACUUACUUGCCUCUAAUUUUUCCAUGAAGUAGUGCCAUGUCUGUUUCUCAGACUUCUCAUGUUCAUCUUCUAACCAAAUGUAUCCACACACUCUAAGAAUUUAAGUCUUUUUCUCUCCCUUUUCCUUUGCCAGAACAUGUUCUGAGCCCUCUGCCUCUAAAGACAGUUCUGUUAAUUCCAGAUAAACUCACAAUCAGCUGUUUCCCCAGCCUCUAUCCUCUGAAAAAGAAAAGAGAAAUCAAUCCGUUACUGUAGAUAAUAAGCUCUUCUUGUCCCCAUGCUUCUGCUGAGAGGGCACACACACUUGUGAGUAUGGUCUCAGAUUUAACAAUACCUGUCAGGUGUACAUACGAUGAGUCUAUCCAUGUUUCUCAGUGUAGGAAGUACAAUCUGCUUCUGCCUUCCCAGCUUACUUUACAAUCACAUCCUGAAAAACAAUGUAUCAAAGAUGAAUGUAGAAUAUGUUAAGGGCAACAGCUGUUAUAGAAACUUUGCAAAUUAUCUUUUUCUGCUGAAUGCUUGUUGAGCCACACUCCCUGCAUCUGUAUUUCCAAAGCAGUGCCCAAACAAUCCAAUCACACAACCUGGGACAGCUCUGGAUAGCUAGUGUAGCACCAGUACCCUAAAUAUAGUAUCCAAACCAGAAGCUCAGAAGAGACCUAUCUUAACUGAAAUAUGAGUUACAGCCCCAGAGGUUUUCAAAGAGGUUUAACAAUAGAAUCCUUGUAAAAGCUUGCCAUAAGCACCACCUGUGGUUGCCUGCUCUCAAUGUCCUUAAAAGUUUCCAAGUGGAGAUUAUUCUGUCCCUCAUCCUCUCCACUAUGGCCACACAAAACCCAGAAGAGCAUUCUCAGGGUUUGUUCUUUGCAAGGACAUUUUUUCAGGCCUCAUUGUAGAUGGCAACAUCUUUCUGGAUAAACCUGUCUUUGGGAAUGAGACUGGAAAGUGUAUGUUAGUGGUGGCACCAGCAGGGAAUCACAGAUUCAGAAUUGUUAGGAUUGGAUGGGACAUCUGGAGAUCAGCAUGUCCAAACCCAAAGAAGUGUCCUCAAGGGCACCUUCACUGGAAGACUGCUGUGUGGAAUUUACUCUGUAGUCAUAGCCUUCUCCUGACCUUUUCACUUGGAGGAAUUAAUGCACUUGAGCCCACAUUCAUGGGCAAUUAUUGGCAAACUCCCUGUAGUACUUGUCCAAGCCCCACUGUUUGUUACUGCUUUGCCCAAGCUAACCCCUACUCACUCAUGUCCAUGAAUGUCUUUUCCUGGGGUCACAUAUAAGCUACAAACACACAGAGGCAAAAAAGGCUACAAUACCGACUAAAUAUUAGGUAAAAUUACCUUUUUCCAAAAAUUAAGCCAAUGGUCUGAAGAUAGUUUAAGUGUCUUGAGUGGGUUACACUGCCAGCACAAAGCCUUGAUAUCCCAUUUUACAUGUUCAGUUGUUAUAGCACAAAACUCUUUCUCAUUUAAAUUUAUUUUACGUUAUUGUGUACCUUGCACUAUUUUGAAUACAAAUUAUUUUACUUUGUUAGCUGUUCAAUAAAGAUUUAAAAUCAA